GCCCCAUUCCACUCGACAUUUGGAUCCAAGUAUAGCAUCAGAUGCGCCAAGCUUGGAUGGAAUCAUUUGGAGCAAGAUUGGUUCUGGUUUUGGUGUUUGAUGAAAUGACCGUCGGUGUGGCUGCGGGUGGUGGCUCCUUUUGAUGCAACCGUGGAAGCCCACCCAAAGCAUAGCCAUCAUGAGGAGCGCCGCUCUUGGGCGUCUCUUUAUCGGGAAUGGGGCUCGAUUCACCACCCACUUCCGGUGCACGAGCGGAGCUCGAGAGGUCUCCCACACCACUUUGAUCUCUGGUUAUCUGUAUAUAUACGUGUGCGUCAUUCUUGAGCUUGUGAGCUGGCAUGGAGUGGUGCUCGUACUCUCAUCGGCAUCAUCAUCACCACCACCACCACCACGCGAAGGGUGCGUCGAUGCGGCUGGAGAACAUCGAGGAAGAGCGUCCCGCGAGCUGCCUUCCGGUUUCCCUGCGGCCUCCGGAGACGCCCACGGAGGCCAUGGAGUUUCUCGCUCGGUCAUGGAGUCUGUCCGCCGUGGAGAUCUCGAAGGCCCUCACCCUGUUCGAGAACAGGAAGCCUUCAGAUUCCACCGGCGUCGAGAGGCAGAACAGCAACCCGCCGUUGUCUGCUGCGAGAGAAGAGAAUCCAGCAGUAGAGCUUAAACUACCAGUUGCCGACGAAGGAGUCGGCGUCAGCCCUCCGAUCUCUCCGAGAGACAACAUCGAUCUCAAGCUUCUUAGAGGUGCGGCGAGGGGGAAGACGAUGGGAGGAUGGUUGAAGGAUCAGAAGGAGAAGAGGAGGACAGAAGCCCGGACACGGAAAGCCCAAGCAUACGCCGCGACCUCCGUCGCCGGGGUCGCCGCUGCGGUUGCUGCUGUCGUCGCCAGCGCCGUCUUCUCGCCGGAUGCGUCAAGAACCAACUGUGGCAACAAGAUCACUGCGGCCAUUGCCUCCGCGGCGGCGCUCGUGGCGUCGCACUGCGUGGAGAUCGCGCAGACGAUGGGCGCCGCCCAUGAUCAGAUCUUGAAGGUCGUCCACUCUGCAGUUGGUGCACAGACCAGUGGCGACAUCAUGGCGCUCACUGCAGGAGCUGCAACAGCCUUACGAGGCGCAGCGACAUUGAGGGCAAGGCUUUACAAGGAGAUUCAAGGUGCAACAGCAGCUGGGGACGACAAAGAAUCAUCAGAUGGAUGCUCAUCAGCCUUCACCUUUGUAGCCAAAGGUGGAGAGCUCGUCAAACGCACAAGAAAAGGUAUUCUUCAUUGGAAGCAAGUUUCAGUAUACAUAAACUCCAAUUGGCAGGUGGUUGUCAAAACAAAAAGUACACACAUGGCUGGGACCUUUGUGAAAAAGAAGAAAUGUUUUGUAAUUGAUGUCUGCGCCAACAUACCAGCAUGGCCUGGAAGAGAAGUGGAAGAUGGAAGUGAUCAGAGGGCUUACUUUGGGAUCAGAACACCAGAAAGGUUAAUCGAAUUUGAAUGCAAAAAAUGUGAUGAGGGAAUCUGGAUUGAAGGCAUCAGACAAAUGCUAGAUUGCCGUGCCAAUAUGAACAUAGCGAAGGCGAUGUAAAAAUAAUAAUAAUCAAGCACUUGUAUAAUAAAAAUGGUUAACUGUGAAUGACAAGAUCGGUUUAAUAUUUACCUUAAA